GCGAAGAGGGGGUAGAUCGGGCUGUCAUGGAGAGAUCAUGAUGAUGAUAGCUGCGAUCCAUGGGCUACCAAUCCCAAUCGCCGAGUUAAGCAGGACAGCUGAGGCUACACUCCCGAGAACCUGACCAUGGUAGCUCCGUACUUCCGACAGCCUGGGAGCCUGGGAGGCCCGAGGAUGGUUCAUCCACUUAGCAGCGGCCUUGGGACAGUUGGACUGACUUGUCAAUGGGGGUUAGCUGAGUUAAGCAGUGACAGGCAGCCACUGAAAGGCACCAGGACAGCAGGGUACCCCAUGCUCCGCCAGGCUAAUGGUCCAUUAUUUUUUUCUCUUUUUUUUUUCUUUUUUUUUCUUUUUUUUUUUCUUUUUUUCCAUUCUAUGUUUUUUUCCUAAUAGUAGACCCAUCUUAGACGCUGGGCAAUGGGCAAUGGAACAUGACUAAGGUGCAAAGCCAGUGGGAACGGAACGGUGGAGAAAGUAGUCGAAGUGACCAGCGAGAGCGAGCCGAUACGCCGAAUACCGGCAAU